AUGACGGGACUAACAAUAGCUGUACUGGUUUUGACAGCCAUAGUUUUAGCGACGGGCGAAAUACAGACAUUCAGACAGAAUGUACCUACCUUUAUGACAGGAAUCGCUCGAAGAACUGUCAAAGAAAGACUUAGCGUUCAACCUCCGCCGAUGCCUGGAUUCAAUUUAAAUGCGUGGCUUGGUCCAUGGUUUCAUCAAUUUCAUAAGGCACCAUGUAGUUGGGCUAUUUCAGAGGACUUCUCGGAUUACACCCAAUUGUUUGUACCUGAUGGCAAUGUAUUUUUGGCUCAUGAAUCUAUGAGAAAUCGUAAUCUAUGUAACAAGAUGACAACGAUUUUCACUGUGACAGGCCCUGGAAAGUUGUCCGUUAAAGAUAUCAUGGGGGACAACUUUUCUGGAAAAAUGGUUAUAGUAGCAACGGACUAUCAAGGGUUUUCUAUUGACUGGGGAUGCACAAAAUGGUCGACAAUGGAACAAAGAUGUGAUGAUCCGUGGCUAUAUAUAAAAACACGACAAAUGCAGUUGACCCAGGUUAUUGUUGGAAGGAUAGAAUCUGCGCUUCAAAACAUAUUUGGUAUAUCACUCAACGAGCUAACAAGAAUAAGUCAUGCGAGACCUUGUCCAAACGAAAGGAAGCAGGGAUAGAAAGAACAAAUGUUCACAAUGUUCACGGACGUGCGACAAAAAAGGUAAACCAAGAACAUGUAACCAAGAAUGACGACGAAUGAUUGCUUACAACAACAUUUUAUUUCUUUAUAGAUUAGUACAGCUCAGAAUUUGUAUAAUUAUCAAGUGAUUAAAUAUAUCA